GACCGGUGGUGAUGGGACUAACUUCUUUUUUUAGAGUGAGAAAACAAGAGAGAGAAUCUCUUCUCCAUUUCCCCCCUUCUGAAAGAUGGUCGAGGAGAUUUUUCACCUCUAAGAUCAUCCAGGAAAGGCCACUCAACGAAAUCCCAUACGGCAUUCUUCCCCGUGUUGUAUCAAAAUUUCCCCAAUUUUCAAUCCGUAUUGACAUUUUCCAUCACCUCACAAUUUCAUAAUUUUUUAUACCGUCGACCUUUUUUGCCGUUUUCUCCUCGAUUUCCACAGAAUCUACAAAAGAGGGCGGAUUCAUUCUUGUCUCCCAUUGUCCGGUCGAAUCGAAAAAUUAGUUCAUUGAGCCUGAUGAUGCAGUUAUAGCAAGAGUAGGAGCUGAUGCAGGAUGACAGACCCCAAUUUUGUUAAAUAGAGCUGAUAUAGAUUGGUGUACUUGGCAUGUAGCUUUGGCCUUUGUAGUGUGAUUGUGAACCUAGUUUUCUCGAUCUAGUGUUUUUUGGUCCGAGUAAUUCGACAUUGCUCGGAGGAUUAUCUGCACUAUAAAGCUGGAGAGUAUAUUUAUCAUCUUGUGUAGAGCCCUGGCUGUUGGUUCUGCAAGCAAUGGCUGGUAGAUGGAGUAUUGGUGGGAGAGAGUUCUUUUGUUCCGCACUUUUGGUCAUUGCGUUGGAAAUUCAUGGUUGUUUGUCCCUCAAUUCGGAAGGGUUGGCGUUGUUUCAUUUCAGAGCGAAGUUGGACUUUGACCCUUUUGGUGCUUUAGCAAAUUGGAAUCCUGAUGACAGUGAUCCGUGCAUGUGGUCAGGGAUUGAGUGUGCGGAUGGUAAUGUGGUCUCGCUAGAUCUCAAUGGACAUGAUUUGGAGGGAGUGUUAACACCAGAGCUUGGAAAUUUAAAUCAUUUAAGAUUUCUUGACCUAUCCAAGAACCACCUGUCUGGCAACAUUCCUCGAGGGUUUGGACAUCUUACAUCUCUGGAAGUUUUGGACCUGAGAGAUAAUAACUUGAGCGGACCACUUCCUGCAGAACUAGGCAAACUGCGUUCCUUAAAACAAUUGUUGCUCUGUAAUAAUAGAUUCGAAGGAAGUAUGCCUCUGGAGAUUGAGAAGCUUAGUUUGCUAACUGAUUUGCAGUUGGAUUGCAUCUUUACAACUUCUGAUGCUUCUGGAAUUGGCUGCACAAAUAGAAAAUUUGGGCACUGCAUAUUGCAGAAUUCUAAGCAACCCAAGAAAUCAGAUUCUGCCCGUACACCUAUGAAAAGGAACGUACCUCAUUACCUGAAUCUGCUCCCGCAGUUCAGCUUUGGCAGUGAAUUACCCCAGACUCAUGCUGAUGAUAUCUACAACAAUCUAACAGAUCCGCCAGAGCAACGCUUCAUCCAGAACACAUACGAGGAAGGGAAUACUGUGCGACGCAUACUAUUUGAACAGUCCACUAACCUUGUUGCCCUUCCUCCUGAUAUUCCAUCCCUAACCCCAUUGGUGCCCACGGAAACUCUUCCAAGCAGAAGUAGUGGAUCAUUCCCUGCUGUUCCAAAAGUAUCUCCUCCCGUACCCUCACCUCCUCUAGGUCAAGAGGAUAAGCCUCCUGACACUUCUGGACAUUCGGGAAGAUCACUCAUAUUUAUAAUUGGGAUUUCGGCUGCAAUCUUCUUUCUCAUUCUUUUGGCAAUUAUGUUUAUCGUCUCCAGAAGCAAGGCAGCUAAAACAAUUGUUCCUUGGAAAACUGGACUGAGUGGGCAGUUGCAGAAAGCAUUUGUUACAGGGGUCCCUAAAUUGAACAGACCUGAGCUAGAAACUGCUUGUGAGGAUUUCAGCAACAUUAUCACCACAAUCGAUGGUGUGUCCACUUUGUACAAGGGAACUUUAUCCAGUGGAGUAGAGAUAUGUGUUGCUUCAACUGCUAUUGCUUCCACGAGUGCAUGGUCAAAACAAGCAGAAUUUGCAUUUAGAAAGAAGAUUGAUAGUUUGUCGCGUGUGAAUCACAAGAAUUUCGUGAAUCUUCUCGGCUACUGUGAAGAAAAUAAACCUUUCACAAGGAUGAUGGUGUUUGAGUAUGCUCCAAAUGGCACUCUCUUUGAACAUCUGCAUGUUGAAGAUUACGAGCACCUUGACUGGGAAGCACGGAUGCGGAUAAUAAUGGGAACUGCAUAUUGCCUUCUAUACAUGCACGAACUCAAUCCGCCACUAGCAGUCAGCAACUUGAAUUCCAACGAGAUUCUUCUCACCGAUGAUUAUGCUGCCAAAAUCUCUGAUGUAGCUUUCUGGGAGGAACUCAUAACCAAGUCCAAAAAAGCUCCUGCUGCAGAAAAUGAGUCGGAGCAUUCCUUACUGCCUCCACUUGCUGAUGUCGAAACAAACGUUUACUCUUUUGGAAUACUGAUGCUAGAGAUCAUCUCUGGAAGGCUUCCUUGCUCGAAGGAGAAUGGAGAUAUUCUAAACUGGGCUUCUCAGCACUUGAAUGAACACAACAUCAAGAACUUGGUUGAUCCAUCUUUGGAGUCUGUAAAAGACAAGGAACUUGAAGUUCUGUGCGAGGUGAUACAGAUGUGCACGCAACAAGAAGCGAGGACAAGACCUACGAUGCAGGAAGCCAUUCAGAUAUUAAGACAGGUGCUUGAAAUCUCACCCGAAGCAGCAUUUCCGAGACUCUCUCCCCUUUGGUGGGCUGAACUUGAGAUCUUAUCACAAGAGGCAGCUUGAAUUUUGAUGCAAUAUCAGCAAAAAAAGGCGGUUUGUAAGUAUGCCAUUCCUAUAAAGUGGUUUGCUUCUUUUCACAAAUAUUGGUGUAUAGUAGUUGAGUGUGUUGUGAGUAGUGACAGAUGUUUUUGUUGAAAUCAAAUGUUGAAGAGUGAGGCACAUGAAUGUAUACAUAGAUUAA